AUGUCUUGGGGGCCAGAAAGGGGGCUGGAGCGCCGGUUCCCCACCCCAGACAAAAGCUCUUUCCCAUGGCAUUGCGCAUCCCCACCGACCCCAGGUUCCCCGCGGGGCUACCCGCGCCGACCGGACUCCCUUCCGUUCUGCUCAGCACCGAGGUCCGGGGCAAGUUCAGCAGGGGACCCCCAGACGGCUGUGGCACAGGAGUUGGUGCUGAGCGAAACUGACUUGGGCCGCAUCUCAGAAUUCCUGCCCCAGCGAAGGCCGCCGGGGUUCAGGUGGGCCCUGCCGGCGCGGCAGGCCCCACGCCCGGACCCUGCGGCCUCGCCCUCUCCUUUGUUCCGGCUUAGGCGGGCCAGGCAGGCUGCCGGCUUGGUGAGAGCAUGGUUGUAUUUGGCAAACCAUGGCACCAUCUCGGGGUGCUUCUUUGUAGCCACUCAACUCGAUGCUCAUUUUUUAAAUGAUCUGCAUAUGAGAGGGGGAGAUGACUGUCUGCCUAGGGCCCCCUCGGUUGCCCUAAGCUCUCUAAACCUGCACCCCCCCAACCCCCAAACCCGGAAACCUGUCCAGCCUGCGCUCUCUGCAUGCCCUCUCAGGCCCCCGGCCUCAGACCGCUAG